AUGAGCUUCUUUUUGUUUCAGCUCUCGCCAUUGAGCCCCAGGUCCCGGAUUAUAUACCAAACAGGGUCAAGGCUGUGGAAUCGACUAGGAAUAUGGAAGGCGGAAAAAACAGCUGGAAACAGGCGAAAUAUUUCAACAAGGAUAGCAUCAAAAGUGAAAAAUGGGCAAAUCGUGCCUAAUGCGUUGAAUUUCUAUGGUCAGAUCCAAGCAGUGAGAAGAUUAUCAUCGGAAAAUGGGAAAAAGAAGAAUCCAGAAAGAAAGAUUGUUGGAAGUGACAGCAAGAACUUCAACCAGCUGAGUAAGCAGGCGAUGGAGAGAGCAAAGCAGCUCAGAGAUGAAGCAUACUUCAGAUCAAGGAAGAUGUACGAUAGGUCGAUGGAAAUAAGCGAUAAGGCAAUCAGACAAUCGGCAGAACGAUCCAAACAGUUAAGAGAUCUAACGGUGGAAAGAUCGCGCGAAUUCAAGGAUAAAACGAUCAAGACGUCAAAGGAACUCACAAAGAACUUGAAGAAGAUUCUCCCACCCGAUAUCCACGAGAAUAUAUACACGUUUCCGAACUUUCUAACCACAACGAGGCUUAUAUGUGCACCUAUAGUGGGAUACAUGAUUCUUCACCAUAUGACGACGGGCUCGUUGAUUUUGUUUGUUUACUCAUGUGUGACAGACUUCUUAGACGGGUUGAUUGCCCGGCAUUGGAACUUGAAGUCCGUCUUUGGCAGUAUCAUCGAUCCGAUCGCCGAUAAAGCUCUGAUGAUUAUUUGCACAGUGUGCUUAUCGAUGACUUCGCAAGUUCCAAUUUAUCUGGCAGCACUAAUCCUAGGAAGAGACAUCAUGCUUGGUGUCAUGGGUGUUGUGGUGCGAUACUUGACACUCCCUGCUCCAAAAACGUUGCUUCGAUACUUUGAUUUCAGUAUUAUUACAGUUGAAGUGCACCCAGUUAUGGUCAGCAAGAUCAACACUGCCUUGCAGAUGGUGUAUCUCGGAACCAUGAUGGUGAAGCCGUUUGUUUUGGCAUAUUUGGGUAACAACUACGGACUUGAGGCCACAGACAUGUUUCUAUCUGGCAUCAAAUACUUCGAGUAUACAGUUGCAACCACCACAAUAUGGAGUGGACUCACGUAUUUGUUCAGUAGGCGAGCUGUGAAGAUAUUGGUUCCGUGGGAAAAACCGAAGAUUGGGAAGUGA